UACACCCGGAGAACAUCACAGUGUUGAGAUGAACGUAGAGGAAGAUAACAUCAUACAAGAAGUAUCCUUUGAAGAGACAGAAGAAGUAUCAACGAGGCCGCGAGAAAGAGGAGGAGGAGCUACAGCGGGGGCCUCAUGUCGUACAUCCUUCCUGAUGAGGAGGACGAGGAAGAAGAAAUGGAGAGAGAUACUAGUAGCGAAGAAGUGUCCAUGGAGGUUACUGAGGAGUCAUACAUGGAGACCAGCAGUGAUCAAAGCGAAACAGUCAUCGCUGGGGUGCAAGAGUCAGAGAGUACAGAAGUGAAAAUUACGACUCAGGGCAACGCCGAAUCGUCCCAGCAGGAGUCAUGCAUGGAGACCGGCACUGAUCAUACCGAAACAGUCAACUCUGGGGUGCAAGAGUCGCAGAGUAUGGAGGUGGACAUAUCGAUUCGGGGCGACGCCGAAUCAUCCCAGACAGUGACCACUGAGAUUAUGACAAUAACUAGCACACAGCAAGAAGAGGGGCAAGGUGUGUCUACAACGUCCUCUGAUAUGACGAUGGUGGUUGAGACUAAUGAAGUCGUGGGUGUAGAGAAAACAUCUCACGCAGCUACAAGUACCGAUACAACAGUGGAAGAGUCUGCCCAGUCAACAAUGACUUCAGAGGAUGUUAUUGUUGAACCGCAAGAGCCCCGAAGUACCGAAACCAUUAAGACCAAAAGAGGCAGACCAACAAAUGAAGAUAGGCGGGCGAGUGCCACCACUAGACGUAAGUCAUACUUUCUCCGCAAUAAGAUGAGUCCUAGAGUUGCUAAAUUGCGCGCGGGCAAGGCACUUGAACCUGCAAAAGCUGGACAAGGACGAAAGAAAGCUGAGGAAACUGAAACUCGAAAGAGGAAGGGAGUACAUGUUGAAUCAAAUAGCACAGCGGUAACACUGAAUAAGAAACAGAAAACCGCGAUCAAGAAGACAACAAGUGCGACAGUAGAACAAGGCAUUUCAUUGGUUCUCAGUAGGGUGGAUGAACAGCAACAUUCUGACGAAGGAGAUGUCUUGGAUGAAGAUGAAGAUACUAAGGUAGCAGAAACAAUGGAGGAGACUAUGACAGUAUCUGAAACAGGCCCACGAGAUGAGCAAGACGAAGAAGAGAAAGACGAAAGUGCGAUAGCAGAGGGAGAACCGGCUCUCGGUGAACAGGCGGAGGCUCAAGAGGAAGGGACGGAAGAGUCCAUUACAGAUGAAAGCAACAUUACUGAAGUGACGGACAACGCCGUGAAGACGAUCCAUGCUGACGAGAUUGAGGAAUCACAUGACCAGGAAGACUUCAUUGAGGAGCUGCCCGAACGGUCUGCUGACCAAGAAAAAGUCGAAGAAGAGCAUCAAUAUUCGACUUUGACAAACGUUCAGACAGUCACAGAGACCUCGGCUAUUACAAAUGAGACAGAGGAGCACAUAAAAGAAAUAACGCAGGGUGAUGAGGGUGAGGUAGUCAGAGAUAAAAGCAUCACUAUCGUGUCUGCACGAGUAGUUGCUGAAACACCCAGCAAAGGCGAUUACUGGUUUAGGUCUCGUCGUAAGAGGCGUUUGUUCGACACAGAUGAUGGCUACACAGUCGGUCACAAGUCAACAAGCCGAAAGUACCCCGUCCAGGAUGAACAUAAGAAACCCUCGGGGUCUGUAGAAGAAUCAAAUCAAGUCAGUGUCAUUGAAAAGCGCAAGAAGGAACGGAAGGAACGCCAACCAUCGGUCAAUGAGGACAAACAAGAGGAAGUUCUUGCACUAGGUGAGGCAUCAACAAUCGAAACAGCUAUUGCCACGAAAAGCAAAGCGCAGGAUGAACAGACGACUAAGUCUGUCAGUAAAUCAAACCAGAAAAAGGUCAUCACGGUUAAGACUGCCACGAAAAGGACCGAGAGGGCAAGCAAAGAUGUCGAUGGGCGAAAGAGAUCUUACUGGUUGAGGGGACGGAAAGCUGUCCGCGGCCCCGACACGGAACCAAAGGUUAGGACUUCGCCUGCAGCCAAGGCCAACAGCACGAAAACUGUCACCGAGACACGGCAAAGCAACGUUGAAGGUUCACUGAAGAAGAAAAGCUUCUUUAUACUGGCAUCAACUAAGCCUCCUGCCUCUGCGGCGUCUAUCAAAGGGACAGUCUUGAAUAAUACUAGUAAAGAACCGGGUGAUCAGAUGGAAGCUUCUGUAGAAGAGGUUUCUAUCGUUGAUGCCGAAGCUAAAGAUCCAAAAGCUAAUGAAGAGGUGACCGGUGAGGGCACAGAAGACGAGGAAAAGAUUGAGGAAAAUGAUAAGGAAAUACAUUCCCAAGGCAAGCAAACAACAAUGGCAAAGCUAGAGGUAGUGCAAGAAGAACAUGAAGAACUUCUAGGAGAGGAGGCGGAAGAGGAGGCGGAAGAGGAGGCGGAAGAGGAGGCGGAAGAGGAGGCGAAAGGGGAGGCGGAAGAGGAGGCGGAAGAGGAGGCGGAAGAGGAGGCGAAAGGGGAGGCGGAAGAGGAGGCAGAAGAGGAGGCGGAAGAUAAAGCAGAAAUAGCAGAACAAGAUGGGGUAAGGGAGGAAGAAGAAGAAGCAGAAGGGGAAAGUGAGAAGGUAAUAGAAGACGAGGAGGAGAAUGAAGAAGAAGAAGAGGAGGGGGAACCAGAAGAGGAGGAAGCUGAACAAACGCGAGCCAAAACAAGUAGCCAAGGACGCCGAGGAAAUUAUUGGCUGCGGUCGAAAACGGUCUACUAUGGCAGUGGGCCCAGUGCGCGAAGUGGCUUCCUUGCUGCCAUUGCUACAACUACAAUGUCUAGUGGUGCAAAACACAUUGGCAACAAAACCACUAUGAAAUCGACUGAGGAAACGACAACUACUGAAAGUGACGUGGAUGACGAAUCAGAAAAGUUAGAUAAAGAAGGAAUGGAACAAGAAAAACACGAAAGACAGGAAGACAAACUAGAAGAUGAAGUUGAAGUUGAAAAGAAGGAGGAAGAAUCAGUAACAGUCGAUGAAGAAGUCAAGGAACAAGAACAGUACGAAAUACAUGAAGAAGACGCAGUAGACGAGGAAAAGAAGGAGGAAGAACGGGAAGAAAUACAACUUGGAGAAGAGCAAACAUCAACAGUACAAGACGAGGCAGCAGAACAAGAUCAAGACGGAACGGUCGAUGAUGGAGAAGUAAUGGAACAAGAACAAAAUGAAGAAGAGGAAGAAACUCUAGAAGACGUAGAUAAGGAAAAUGAGGAAAGUGAGGAACCAGAAAAGGCUGUUGAAGGAGAAGUAAUGGAACAAGAAUUUGAUGAACAUCAGGAAGAAGAAAUUGAAGAUGAGGAAAAGACGGAGGAUGAGCAGGAGGAAAUACAAGAAGAGCAAACAACAGAAGUAGAGGAAGAAAAAGCAGAACAAGCGGAACAAGAACAAGAUGAAUUAAGACAGGAACAGGAACAAGAAGAAACAGAAGUGGUAGACGAGGAGACAAUAGAAGAGGAGGAGGAGGAUGAAGAACAGGAGGAAGCAGAACAAACGCGAGUUAAAACAAGAAGUCACGGACGCCGAGGAAAUUAUUGGCUGCGGUCGAAAACGGUCUACUAUGGCAGUGGGCCCAGCGCGCGAAGUGGCUUCCUUUCUGUCAUUGCUACAACUACCAUGUCUAGUGGUGCAAAGGGUAUUGACAACAGCACCACUAUGAAAUCGGCUGAGGAAACGAUAACUACUGAAAGUGACGUGGAUGACGAAUCAGAAAAGUUAGAAGUAAUAGAAAAAUACGAAAGACAGGAAGACAACUCAGAAGAUGUUGAAAAGAAGGAGGAAGAAUCAGUAACAGUCGAUGAAGAUGUCAAGGAACAAGAACAAUACGAAAUACAUGAAGAAGACACAGUAGACGAGGAAAAGAAGGAGGAAGAACGGGAAGAAAUACAACUUGGAGAAGAGCAAACACCAGCAGUACAAGACGAAGAAGCAGAACAAGAUCAAGACGGAAAGGUCGAUGGCGGAGAAGUAAUGGAACAAGAACAAAAUGAAGAAGAGGAAAACAAUCUAGAAGACGUAGAAGACAAAGAUGAGGAAAAUGAGGAAAGCGAGGAAGCAGGAAAGGUUGUUGAAGGAGAAGUAAUGGAACAAGAAUUUGAUGAACAUCAGGAAGAAGAAAUGGCAGAUGGGGAAAAGACGGAGGAUGAGCAGGAGGAAAUACAAGAAGAGCAAACAGAACUAGAGGAAGAAGAGGCAGAAAUAGUGGAACAAGAACAAGAUCAAUUAAGACAGGAACAAGAAAAAACAGAAGGGGUAGACGAGAAGGCAAUAGAAGAGGAGGAUGAAGAAGAGGAGGAAGCAGAACAAACGCGAGUUAAAACAAGAAGUCACGGACGCCGAGGAAAUUAUUGGCUGCGGUCGAAAACGGUCUACUAUGGCAGUGGGCCCAGCGCGCGAAGUGGCUUCCUUGCUGCCAUUGCUACAACUACCAUGUCUAGUGGUGGAAAGGGUAUUGACAACAGCACCACUAUGGCAUCGACCGAGGAAACAACAACAACUUUUGUUUCUAAGAAUAGCUUUGUUGACGAAUCAGAGAAGUUAGAUGAAGAAGGAAUGGAACAAGGUCAAUACGAAAAUAAGGAAGAAGAUACACAGGAGGAAAGGGAGAAGGAAAUACAAAUCGAAGUGCAAGUGCCAGCUGAAGACGAAACAGCAGAGGUAGUGGGACAGGGUCAAGAGGAAAGACAGGAAGAUGAAACACCGAUGGAGGAGGAGGAGGGACCAGUAGAGCAAGUAGCAGAUGCAGAAGAAGCAGACGAAGACGAAAGAGAGGAAAGAGAAUUAGAUAGGGAAGAGGCAGAACGUGUAGAAGAGGAGGGGGAAGAUGAGGAAGAAAAGGAGAUAGAAGAAAGACAGGAUGAGCACAAGGAUAUACAAUUUGAAGUAGAGCAAGGACCAGAUGAAGAAAAAGAAGAGGUAGUGGAAAUAGAAGUGGAAGACCAAGAUGAAAGAGAGGAAGGAGAAUCAGAUAAGGAAGAGACAGAAGCUGUAGAGGAGGAGGGGGAAGGUGAGGAACAAAAGUACAAAGAACGAAAACAAGUUACAAGUGCAGUCGGACGCCGAGGGAACUAUAGCUUGCGAUCAAGGACAGUCUACUACGGUAGCGGACCAAGUGCACGCAGUAGUUUUCUUGCUGCCAUCGCGACUACUUCUAUGUCUAGUGGUCAAAAAGGAAAAUUCAAACCAAGGCACACGACGCAGAAUCAAAAGAGGGAGCACGGGGCCACUCAAGGGUCACAAGCAAAAUAACAAAUGACAUCACAAGGCGAAACGCCCGAAGCGACGGUUAUUGAGGAGGCUGAUUUGGAAGAAGAGUCGGAAAAGGUAGAUCAUAAUGGUGAAGUUCAAAACAUCACCGUAUUAUCAGAGAAAGGUGAACUGUCUGGCUCUGAACUUCAAGCAACGACUACAUAUUUCAUCACGAAAGUAACUGAAGAAGGGACUAGAGGAGAUGAGCUGGCGGUGGAUGUGGAUACUAUGUCACAAAGGACAACAGUUUCAACAGUGACCACAACUAGUCGAGCUUCUACAGAUAACACGCAUAUGGAAGAUGCCGUGUCCACAGCAGGAGAGCAGACCAUCACUGAAGUAUAUGAAGAGCAGGCUGACUCCGAAGCUGCGGUUAUCGCUGAUGACAAUGAUGAAAGUGAUGGGGAUGGCAGCGGCAUUGAAGAGAUUUCAGAUGCCGCUGCUGAGGAUUCGUCCCAUAAGUCCAAGGUUGAGGAGAAUCUGAUUACCAUGGCUAUCCAGGAAGAUCGUAUUGAGAGAGAAUCUGCAGCUAAGAAAGGAAAGGCGACAGUAGAAAGCUACACAGAGCAAGAAGCUGGUAAAGUAACUGAAUUUGAGGAAGGCACGGGAGAGGACGCAGAAACAGUGACCAGGGGGAGAAAGGGUGGCACAAGGGGAAACUAUUAUCUGCGUUCUAAGACGGUGUACUACGGGAGUGGGCCAAGUGCAAGAGGCGGUUUCAGAGCUGCCAUGGCUGCCGCGGCCAUGCGAGGGGCUGUCGCUGACCGGACCAAAGCGUCGAGCGCAAAGGCAGUACUUUCAAGGAAGGCCAAGAAAACAGAUGUUCAUCAAGCAUCGAGUGAGAAUCCAGAGGAAUUAAAUGUUGUAGAACAAGAAGCAGUCGUAAUGGCUACUAGCAGUUACGAAGAAGAAAGUUCUGAAGAAAUUCAAGAGUCGUCGACGGAUGAAACCGUGACUGUUGAGAGCCUUGAACAACACACAAGUGAAAGUUCAGGGGACACGACUGAAGACCAAGAUGCGUCAAAUGCAGAAUCUGAAGACAAGGCGAAUGAACAGCAAGACUCUGAGGACAGAGAAGCACACACCUCAGAUACUCAGGCAGAUACGGAAGUAUGCGCGACAGUUGAGAGCCCUGAUGACCUUGCUGUCGGACAAGAGACAGACCAAACUUCAGAAGAGAGUAUGGACGACCCGGAAAGCCCCCAAACGCAGGAGGUUGCUGACGUUGAACAGACAAAUAAAAUGGAAAUGCCUCCGGUCCCCAAAAACGUAUCUAAGAAACGCAAGCAUGAUGAAUCAUCGAUUGGAGAACGUUCCACUAAAGGAGAGGGAAGCCAGAAAGGUUCAAGAGGUAACCACAACUUGCGGUCAAGGACAGUCUACUACGGCAGUGGACCAAGUGCGCGUAGCGGCUUUCUUGCUACUAUCGCGGCCGCCACAAUGAGCAACAGACAAGGACAAUCUGUGACAUCACGAUCAGCAAAGAAGUCAUCAAGAUUUGUUAUGUCAUGUGGCAAUACAAGUGAAAAAGAGCAGACGGAAGAAGCAAAUGCCGUUACCAUCCAAGAUGACGAGAACGGCCCGUCAGAAGAAAUCUCAAAAUCAACUGAAGUUCAAGGAGAAGGAGCUGAAACAGUUUCCACCACGAUUGUAGAGGGCAUCACAGAUGAGGAUAUUGAGGGCGUCUUGGAGGAGCUGUCAGAAAGUGCUGCCAGCGGGCAGAUGUCUCUUGAGGACGCUAUGGCGGAGGCUGCGUCUCCCAAAGAUAUUCUGACAGAAAACCAGGAAGAGAGCGGGAACGAAAUUCAGGCUGAACAUAGCACGGCAGAUGCUAUAGAGACUUUGGACGACGCCUCUUCUAUCGACGACGACCCCUCUACAACAGUGCAAAGUUUUCAGACCAGUGACAAACAGCAAGAGGUACAAAACAUCGUGUCAUCGUCUACAUCAAAAGUGGGUAGGAAGAAGAGAAAGGUCGACUACACCGAGACAGUUGGACAGAGCGAAGAAAAAGCAGAUUCAAUGGAUGUAGCAUCGUUGAGGCACAGACAGAAAGUAUGACAGAUGGAGAAGGAUCUGAAGAGAUGGUGGUAAGGACAAACACACAGAAGGAAAGUGCUGUGGAGUCCAGCGAAUCGCCUGGCCGUUCAUAUUGGCUAAGAAAACGGACGAUCGCGUAUUAUUACUCAACGGGACUUGAAUCUCCCCUGGCAGUGGUCACAAAGUCAUCAACCGUGUACGAGACAGACAGCAAGAAACGCAACAAGAGCUCAGAGGCAAGUACCAAGGCGACUAAACGAGCAAUAACCACCAGCAAGGAGGUGGCAUCCAAGAAAUCUAGAAAGGAAACCACCGUAGUUCAGACAGAAGGAGAGAUCAGUUCACCGUCUGAAACGCUGGAAGAAUCCUCCGCAUCUGAAGCUCAGAGUACAACGGAACAGGAGGUAUCGUCGACAGGGUCGAUGGAAGUGGAGACAACUUCUGUUAAGGUGACUUCAUCUGACGACAGCCAGAGUGAGAAAACCGAGACCAUUGUGAUGGAGGAUGGAGAAACAUCCAGCAAAACGAUUCUAUUCGCCGACCCAGGAACAGCCUCUACGUCGACUGAAACAACAACGAUCAUAACUAACGUCGAGGUAGGCUCAAAGGGACUCGGUGCCGACACAGAGACGCACGAAGAAGUGAUGACUACCACAUCAAAAACUAGGAUGAGAGGCAGUCGAAAAGUGGGACCAAAAACGGUGACAAAGAUAUCCACACUGGAAAGUGUGGAGGAGCUUCCAGAGGACCAACAUGACGAGAAGGAAGGCGAAGCCAUUUCAGCAGUCGAGACUGAAGAGGUCAUGACAGCAAGAAGCGAAGAACAAGGAACAACAUCUGAAUCUCUCCUGUCAACUGGCAAGAAAUCGACCAACAAGUCCAAAACAGUGAAAACUACUACAGUGAAGACUUCAAAGAUGAAGACGACUUCAUCGAAUGUUUCAAUGUCACACACAACCGUCGUGACCAAGUCUUCCUCUUCAACGAGGAACAUCAACAGCGAGGGAUCUUUGGGCCAGGUAUACUCCAUGUCCCUUAGACGGAUGGGAGACGGAAAGAGACGUGUGUACACCUGGAACACUUAAGACGAACACUGCUACUCCUAAGGACCAGUUUGUUCAGGUUUAUUCAAAUUGACCCAAUAAUUGUUGUGGGACCAAUAGUUGUUGAUUUCUUUGUGUUACAAACGGCUACCUCCUUUAAUGUGUGUUACAAGAGUGGUUAGUUCUAGUCACUACAGUGAAAUUUAUUAGACGUUAUACAGUCCAACAUGGCUACGGUGUGGUAUAACAUGUAUUGGUGUUUGUUUGCUUAAUAGCCUACUAGAUGAUUAAGAUAAUGUGUAUGCUAGUGGAGGUAGUGGCAUAUAUAUUCAUAGAUGUAGGUCCAAGGAAUUGGAUAUAUUUUGGGAACUUGUCAUCAAACUAGAGGUUGAAUCUUUACUGACUUUUCACGUUUUGUACUUUGAAAUUUGUAGCGGGAGUAAAUGAUAGGGGUGUGCGAUAGCUAGAUGCAAAGUACAUGGAUAUUUCUGAGUUAACAUCAACUGUCAUAUUUCCAACGGAUGCCAUGAUACUGCCACUUGCGAAAAAUACAUGGAUUUAAAGAGACGUACGAAUGCAUCAGUAAUCCUGAGGUAUAUACACUUCAGAUAUCUAGGUGUCCAAAACAAUCUUGACAAUGCUUUUUUUAUGUAGUGACAUUAUGACAACUGGUGAAAUUAUGAGAGUUGAUGUUACAAUGUUAUGAUAGUGUGAGAUCUGUAAUGUUAGAAUUAGCUUCAGUGUGUGGACAAGAGUUGCACUAUGCUCCUUACUAAUGAAUCAAGUACCAAUUUCAGUAAAAGAAAGACAAAAAUACAUGGAACAGUCUAUUACAUACUUUGCUUUAAUCUGAAGUGGUACAAAAGUCUGUGUGACAUCUAUGAAAAAAGACAACAAUCAUGAAGUGUUACAAAUGUAACAGCAGCAGUUUACAAAAAUAUCUCCUUCAACGUGGAGAUCCUCUCAAUAUGUGGGAUGCAAAAGGCUCUUAUAUUACAAGUUGAUGGUUGGAUUGUUGGAUGAAGAAAAGGGAAAUGUAACGUUUAUGAAAAUCUAUAAUCAAAAGUUGAUGGUUGGAUUGAUCCUUGGAUAUAUGAAUAAAAGGGAAAUUAAUGUAACACGUAUAAUAUGGACUCCUUUGGUUACCUUUCCAUUGUAUCAAUGCCUACAAUGUAGCUUGCACCACUUUUAUACAUCUAUAAGCAAUACAAUGUAGAUACAUACAAGGAUAAUUGUAACAUAUCCCUCAAGCAAACCUUGCUGGUUUUGACUCUGGCUUCCCAUAGAUACAACAGUGUUAUAUAUAAAAGGUUUCAAAGAAAUAUAAGGGGAGGGGGACAUACAUAAUACGGUUGGCUCCCUACUUGACAUGUAUCGGCAUACCACACUGACACAGAAAAUAGUGAAGCUGCAACUUGUUUGGUCCAGUCUUAAUCAGAUGUAAAAUGUAGGCGCUUGUGACACUCAGAAAUAUACUCGUGUAUCAUAAAGCUGAAUCCAGCAGUAUGAAUAACAACGUUGCAAGAUAAAGGUCUUGUAUCAUGUAUUUUCUUUCUUUCCUGAGCCCACUGUGAUGGUUCAGGCCCCUUAAAUUAAUCACUUAACACGUUACUGUCUUAAGCAUAUAGAAGGAAAAAUACAUAAAUGAUCACCUCAUCUCUAAGUUAAAAUCAAGCCAGAACUCAAUUUUUCCCAGUGGACAUACAAGAGUCACCAGCACCAGUUUUCUAAGGAACAUCCCCACCCAAAUACAAAAUGAUUAAUGUAACCUUUACUGCAACUGAUUUCUACUUCAUAAAAUAUUUCUAAACAUACCAAAAAACAGUCUUUGCUGUUCCCUAUAACUAUUGUACAAAUUCAUUUCAUUUUUCAUGACAAAAUAAGACAAGUAAAAAAGUGACAAGGUUUUGUUUAGAAAAAAAUUGUAAAUGACAAUCAUUGAAAGUCAUACAAAAGUGAAGUUUAGGCAGAGUGUAUCUUACCAUGCUAUGAAGAAAGAGACUUGUGCUAAGUUUGU